UCCCGCUCUACACUGGAGAGACAGGACAAGACAAGAGAACAUUCUCUCUCCUGAGUUCACUUAGCAUAGUGGAGAAAGGGGAGCCGGAGACAGGUUUAUUGUAAAGCUUAAGACACACGCUUUCGUUGUCUCUGUUUAGACAUGGCAAGGUAAGCUGAAGACGGAUGGGAAGCAAUUUUUUUGGUUUUUAAUCUGAAAAUUUUGCUUCUCUUGGAUGAUUAAAACACUGGGUGAUGAGAAAUUGAACUCUAAGGGACAUUUGGAGCUUGUGUUUUGGUCUUGUUUGAUGGGUUUGUUUGCUUUUUUUCUUUUUGUUGCCCUGGUUUUGAUGGGUAUAUUUUUUUCGUUUUUUGCCCCAUAAUUUCUCCCUGGAAAUGGAAAUGGUAGCUGAUGAUUAUGGCUUCUCUGGUUUCUUAACAUUCAGUCUUUUCAAGUCGUAUUGGUUAAUGGGGUUCUUUUGGCAUUGCUAUUUGUUGCCCUUUCCUUUGAUGAUUUCAAAGUUUCCCCAAAUCUAAUCUCUGUAAAUGGAAAUGUUAUCUGAUGUUCAUAAGUGCUGUGGUUUUUUCGCAUUCGGUUUUUUCAAGUAGUGUUGUCUCUGUGCCAUUAACGGGAACAGUUUCUGUGCUGUUUAGUGUUUACAUUGAUAGAUGGUGUUUUUGCAGAGCUUGGCUUAUCGAUAGUAGAACAAUUGCAAGGAAAGUGAGAAAUCCCGCUCGAGCUUCUGUUUAUCAAAUCAAAGGCUAUGGAGCAAAUUGUGAAUGCCCAAAUUGUCACCAUUUUAUAGAUAACGGUGAUGUUUCUCAUGAUUGGCCUGGACUUCCUGCUGGUGUGAAGUUUGAUCCAUCUGAUGCAGAGAUUUUAGAACAUUUAGCUGCUAAGUGUGGUGUUGAAGGCUCAAAACCGCACGCAUUCAUUGAUGAAUUCAUUCCUACAUUGGUUGAGGACAAAGGGAUUUGCUACACUCACCCUGAAAACCUUCCUGGUGCUAAGAAAGAUGGAAGCAGUAUCCAUUUCUUUCAUAGAACGAUCAAUGCCUAUGCUACUGGUCAAAGGAAGCGUCGCAAGGUCCACAGUGAACAAGGUUCGACUGAGGAGCAUGUCCGCUGGCACAAGACGGGCAAGACUAAACCUGUGAUGGAAAAUGGAAUACAGAAAGGCUACAAGAAGAUUAUGGUUCUUUAUAAAAACACAAAGAAGGGGUCCAAGCCUGAUAAAUCCAACUGGGUGAUGCAUGAGUACCAUCUAGGCACUGAUGAAGAUGAAAAAGAGGGGGAAUAUGCGGUCUCCAAAAUUUUGUACCAACAGCAAAAGCAAACUGACAUGAAUGAUGAUGGCCUUACUAUUGAAGAUUCUGAUAUUUUGGCACAUAAUACUAGUCCAAGGACCCCCAUAGCAAAUCCUCCCAAUCCACCACGGCCGAAGAUAUCUGAUGCAUUUGAUGAUACUGUAGACGAGAAGGUUUUUCAUUCUGUCCAGGAAGAAGACAUUAUUAAAGGAGCAUCUCAUAUCCCUGCACAUUGUGUUCAUCAGAAUGAGGUCGGAGACCCUGCAUGGUUGGCUGGAGAAUCUCAGGGAGUGGAAAAUCCUGAUUUUAGUGGCAUCCAUGAUUCUUUGUUGUGCAAAGAAAUUUUCGAUUCUUCUUCACUCUUCCUUAAUGGUUCAACACUAAAUAAUAUCUCAUACUGUGGCACUGCUAGCAAUACAAAACAAUUGACUGGAAAUAAUGAUAGUAAUAAGAACAACAACAAUGCACCUUGUGGAAUUGCUGACCUCGAGAACCUGGAUUUCGACACUCCACCAGAUUUCCAGCUAGCUGAUCUGCAGUUCAGUUCUCAGGAUCUGCAGUUUAGUUCUCAGGAUAGUAUUCUUGGUUGGAUUGAUCAAUUAUGAAGAUAGUAAGAUGCACAAUUGGGCUAAACCUCCCACCAACAACAUGGCUUACCAUUUUGUUGUGCCAUCCCAGAUUCUGGUUGAAGCUGUCUGGUUUUGCCAGCAUUUUCUGCAGCAGCACAAUGAUGACGGCUUCUUUGCUUUUUCAGCAUUGGCGUUCUCCUGUUUCUGGUUCUUGCAGUGUAUGGAAGUCCACCAAGUUCAAAAUAUGAGGUUUUGUGGUUGUUACGGAGUGUUUAGCUGUGUGCAAAAUAUAAUCAAAAUGGUUUUUGUGCUUUGGCCUCUGUCUAAGUGUUGUAUAGUGUACUGAUGCUAUGAUUGACAAUGGAUGUUUUCAAGGGACCUAUUGCCCUAGAUAAAUUUGUUGCUUCCAUGGCUGUUAAAGCAGAUCCCAUUAGCUACUCAGAAUGUAAAAACCAUGGAAGCGACAAAUGAAUCUUGGUGGCAGGAUCUCCAAGAUGGUUCUAGCUAAGAUCCUUAGUGAAACUUGAAUAUGUUGAAGUAUUUUAGAGGAAAUCUUGGUUUGUAUAGUUGAAGAAAAACUUCACACAAUUAUAACUAUGACUUUACUAUUUUCAA